AUGAAUCAAACAUGGAUUUCUUUAACAAAUGCCGAUAAAAUAGGCUCACAUUUUGAUUAUAAUAAUUUUUUAUUUACUUCUGAUGUUUUAUUAAAUGAUACAUCAAAUGGUAUAAAUCUAAUAUAUCAAUCAUUUUUUUCAUCAUCAACAAUAGCAUCACAAAUAAAUCAAAGGGAUGUAAAUGUAAAUCAAAGUUCAAUUAUUAAACCUACAGACACAAAUGGUAUAUUAUCAUCAAUUGAAAAAUGUAUUCUUACAUUUUUAAUGUCAACAAUGGCAUUUUUAACUGUAUCCGGAAAUUCUUUAGUUAUUAUUGCAUUUAUAUGUGAACCAACUAUACGAACUUAUUCGAAUUAUUUUAUUCUUAAUCUUUCUAUUGCUGAUUUACUUAUCGGUCUUAUAUGUAUUCCACUUUAUGCUCAUAAAAUAAUACUCGGUGAAUGGUAUUUAGGUUAUAUCUUAUGUAAAUUAUGGCUUGUAUUUGAUUAUGUUGUUGGUUCAGCAUCAACAUUAUGCAUUGUUGUUAUAUCUUAUGAUCGUUAUCAAAUGGUAUCAAAAGGAUUAAAUUAUAUAUCAAAGACAACAAUACGACGUGCAUUAAAAUUUGUUUUAGGUACAUGGAUAAUAGCAAUACUUAAUUAUGCUCCAGCAAUCUUAUUAUGGGAUUGGUUAUCUAGUAGUGAACCAUUUCAAAAUCGUACCUGUGAUCCACCAUUUGCCAAUAAUUUUCCAUAUUUAGUAACAACAGCAUUCGUUGAAUUUUUUGUACCUUUUUUUAGUUUAACAACACUUAAUCUUCUUGUUUAUUUGAAUAUUCGACAACGUUCACAUGGACUUAUACGUACAAAAAAUAAUCAGAAUAAUCAUAAUACAACAAAUUUCAAAUCCAUUAUAUCAUCACAAGCAACAAAAUCAAAUGAUGCUUAUUCAGAAAAUGGUUAUCAUGAAAAAACAAAACCUGAUGAUGAACAAGAAUUGAAACAACUUAAUUCAUCAAAUACACAACCUUUACCAGUUUCAACAACUUAUGCUAAAUCAUCUUCAUCAUUGGCAUUGGCACGUGAUCGUAAAGCAGCAAAAAAAUUAUUUAUACUUGUUUUCGCAUUUGUUAUAUGUUGGUGUCCAUAUACAUUUUUAACACUUAUACGUUCUUUAUGUAAGCAACCUGAUAAAUGUAUAUCAGUGCUUAUAUACGAAAUCACAUUUUGGUUAUUAUGGUUGAAUUCAACAAUUAAUCCAUUUCUUUAUUCUUUUCUUCAUGUGAAGUUUCGUAAAGCUUUUUAUCGAAUUUUAUGUUUUUAUAAUUUACGACAUCGUCGUCGGUUAACCGAACAAAGAAUAUAG